AUUUGGAAGACACAGUGAUUCAGGCUCAUUUUCUCUUCUAGGUGAGAUUCCCUAUGGCCAUGGAGAGAAGCAAUCACACAGUGACUGAAUUCAUCCUGCUGGGCUUCACAACAGACCCUGUGAUGCAGCUGGUCCUCUUCGUCAUGUUCGUUGGUGUCUACUCUGUGACUGUGUUAGGAAACACCACCCUCAUGGUGUUGAUCUGUAAUGACUCAAGGCUGCACACAUCCAUGUAUUUUUCCACUGGGAAUCUGUCUUUUCUAGAUCUCUGGCAUUCUUCUGUCUAUACUCCAAAGAUCCUAGUGACCUGCAUCUCUGAAGACAAGAGCAUCUCCUUUGUUGGCUGUGCAGUUCAGUUCUUCUCCACCGGGCUGGUGUACAGUGAGUGUUACCUGUUGGCUGCCAUGGCUUAUGACUGCUAUGUGGCCAUCUCAAAGCCACUGCUUUACUCUCAGGCCAUGCCCAUUAGGCUGUGUGCAUUUUUGGUAGCAGCCUCAUACCUUGGUGGCUUUAUUAACUCUUCCAUCAUUACUAAAGGAACUUUUGCCUUGAACUUUUGUAGUAACAAUAUCACUGAUGACUUUUUCUGUGAUAUCCCACCACUUGUGAAGCUGGCUUGUGGCAGGAAGGAUGGCUACCAGGCUCUGAUGUACUUUGUCCUGGCCUCCAAUGUCAUCACACUCACUGCAAUCAUACUCACUUCCUACCUCUUCAUCAUCACCUCCAUCUUGAAGAUCCACUCCACCCAGGGUCACCUUAAAGCCUUCUCCACCUUCUGCUCCCACCUGAUCUCAGUCACCUUGCACUAUGGCUCCAUUCUCUACAUCUAUGCUCUUCCAUGAUUGAGCUAUUCUUUGGACAGGGACAAAAUAUUUUCUACAUUUCACACUGUGGUGUUUCCCAUGUUGAAUCCCAUGAUCUAUAGCCUGAGAAAUAAGGAUGUGAAAGAGUCUCUGAAUAAACUCUUCAAAUAA